AUGGGAAAUGUUCGCUGUCUAACGAACAAAUUAGACGAAUUAGAAACCCUGGUCAGGUACCAGAAAGUGUACCGGGAGAGCAGCAUUGUUAGCCUGACAGAGACGUGGCUGACGGAACACACGCCCGAUUCUUUGAUCAGUUUCACCGGCUUCAGGUCGAUACGUGCGGACAGGGACACCGGAGCGAGCAGUAAGCAGAAAGGUGGGGGGCUUUUACUGCUCGUCAACAACAAGUGGUGUAACCCUAAUCACGCUACUAUCAAAGAACGGAUAUGCAACAAGGACAUUGAACUCUUAGCGGUUAGUUUAAGACCUUAUUACCUACCCAGGGAGUUCACUGUGGUGGUAGCCAUUGUUGUUUAUAUUCCUCCAUCUGCCAAGGCGGAAGUCGCGUGUGACGUGCUGCACACCACUAUAGCGGGACUCCAGUCCAACGCAUUGGACAGCGAGGAGUUCCGUGCAAGGGGUAAAGAGAUGGUGGACUUCAUCGCAGAUUACCUGCAAUCUAUUGAACAACGUCCAGUCUACCCGGCGGUGCAGCCCGGGUACUUGCGGCCUCUCAUUCCGGAGAGCGCUCCCCAGGGCCCUGACAGUUAUGAGGAGCUGAUGAAGGAUAUCGAGAGAGUCAUCAUGCCGGGGAUCACCCACUGGCAAAGUCCUCAUUUCCACGCUUAUUUUCCCAGUGCUCAGUCCUUUCCAAGUCAUCUGGGGGAUAUGCUGUCUGGAGCCAUUGGCUGCAUUGGCUUUUCCUGGGCUGCAAGCCCUGCACACACCGAGUUGGAGAUGGUGAUGCUAGACUGGCUGGGAAAGAUGCUAAAACUUCCUGAAGAGUUUAUAUUUGGGUCUGGAGGGACAGGUGGUGGAGUGAUACAGGGCUCAGCCAGUGAAAGUACACUGGUGGCACUUCUUUCUGCAAGAAGGAAAAUUGUCACACAAAUUCAGACAAAAGAUCCUGCUGCUGAAGAAAGAAUGAUCAUGUCUAAACUGGUGGCCUACACAUCAGAUCAGUCUCAUUAUUCUGUUGAGCGAGCAGGAUUGAUUGGUGGCAUCAAAAUGAGAAAAUUAUCCACUGAUAAGAAAUUCAAUCUUCGUGGAGAGACACUAAAACAAGCCCUGGAUGAAGAUAAAGCUUUGGGUCUCAUCCCUUUCUUUCUUUGCGCAACACUUGGCACUACUGCCUCCUGUGCAUUUGACAACAUAAUGGAGCUGGGACCCCUCUGUAAUUCUGAAAAUAUCUGGAUGCAUGUUGAUGCAGCUUACGCAGGAAGUGCUUUCAUUUGUCCAGAGUUCAGACCUCUUUUAAAUGGAGUGGAGUUUUCAGAUUCUUUCAGCUUUGACCCUCAUAAAUGGCUUUUGAUCAACUUUGAUUGUUCAGCUAUGUGGGUGAAGAAAAGAUCCGACAUCAUUGGAGCCUUUAAAUUGAAACCUCUUUACCUAAGACAUGAUCAUGAGGACAAUGAACUCAUUACUGAUUACAGACACUGGCAGAUUCCCAUGGGGAGUAGAUUCCGCUCACUGAAAAUGUGGUUUGUGUUCCGAUUAUAUGGGGUAAAGGGACUUCAAGAGCAUAUUCGCAGGCAUGUGGCUCUAGCACAUGAGUUUGCGAUUUUGGUACGUCAAGAUGAACAGUUUGAGAUUAUUGGUGAUGUGGUAUUUGGUCUGGUGUGCUUCAGAAUUAAGGGCUCCAAUAAUCUAAAUGAAAGACUCAUUAAAGAAAUAACCAACAUGAGGAGGAUUCACAUUGUGCCUUGCCAACUUCGAGAGAAGUUUGUGCUCCGUUUUGUUGUAUGUGCUGAAACCGUCAAAAGUAAACAUAUCCAAUAUGCCUGGCAAAAUAUAAAGGAGGCUGCCGCUAAAGUGGGUCAAAUGUCAGAAAAUAUAAGAAAAUAAAGUGCAAGAAAUAUGUCUAAUGUAAGGCAGCACAUUUUGAAUUGUAAAGUAUAUUUGUACUAUACAAAUAUAUUUUAAGUUCAUGUAAUAUCUGAUGUGUGGAGUAUAUUUUGCUGAGCAGAGAAUGCUGAAAACAAAU